UGCCACCCGCCCCGCGGCCCGCUGGCCAAGCACCGCCUGGUGCCGCCGGCCCAGGGCCGGGUCAGCCGCCGGCUCAGCCCGCGCAAGAUCUCCACCUGCACGGACCACGAGCUGGAGAACCACAGCAUGUACUGCGUGCAGUGCAAGAUGCCCGUCUGCUACCAGUGCCUGGAGGAGGGCAAGCACUCCAGCCACGAGGUCAAGGCCCUGGGCGCCAUGUGGAAGCUGCACAAGAGCCAGCUCUCCCAGGCGCUGAAUGGAUUGUCAGACAGAGCCAAGGAAGCCAAAGAGUUCCUGGUGCAGCUACGAAACAUGGUUCAGCAAAUCCAGGAGAACAGCGUGGAGUUCGAAGCCUGCCUGGUAGCCCAGUGCGACGCCCUCAUCGACGCGCUCAACAGACGGAAGGCCCAGCUGCUGUCCCGGGUCAACAAGGAGCACGAGCACAAACUGAAGGUGGUACGAGACCAGAUCUCUCACUGCACGGUCAAGCUGCGGCAGACCACGGGCCUGAUGGAGUACUGCCUGGAGGUCAUCAAAGAGAACGACCCCAGUGGGUUUUUACAGAUUUCCGACGCGCUGAUCAGGAGAGUGCACUUGACCGAGGACCAGUGGGGGAAGGGGACGCUGACCCCACGGAUGACCACUGACUUUGAUUUGAACCUGGACAGUGCCCCUUUGCUGCAGUCCAUCCACCAGCUCGACUUUGUGCAGAUGAAAGCUUCCUCUCCAGUGCCGGCACCCCCGAUCCUACAGCUAGAAGAAUGUUGCACCCACAACAACAGCGCCACAUUGUCCUGGAAACAGCCCCCUCUAUCAACGGUGCAGGUGGAAGGAUACAUUCUGGAGCUGGAUGACGGGAACGGUGGUCAGUUCCGGGAGGUGUACGUCGGGAAAGAGACGAUGUGCACUGUGGACGGUCUGCACUUCAACAGCACCUACAGCGCGCGCGUCAAAGCCUUCAACAAAACCGGCGUCAGCCCGUACAGCAAGACCCUGGUCCUGCAGACGUCCGAGGACACCGAGUCAGAAGAGCAGACCCUCCCUUUCCCAGUGCCUUUGGAAAGACUGCAGCUCCGUAGAAUGAGUCCUUUCUCCUCCACACUUAACCUGCAGCCCAGCUUUCCGGGGAGAUCCUACUUUGAGCUAAGAUCCUCGUCUCACCCCCUGAGCUUACACUCCUCCUUGCAGUCUCUGAAUUCAGCCGGAUGCAAUUUUGAGACACAGUCAGCGUCUUACUCUCAAUUGGUUGACAUUAAAAAAAUGGUGGCAGUGGCCUGGUUUUCAUUCGAUCCCGGCUCCGCACACUCUGACAUCCUCUUUUCCAAUGACAACCUGACUGUUACCUGUAACAGCUACGAUGACAGGGUUGUGCUGGGGAAAACUGGCUUUUCCAAAGGGCUCCAUUAUUGGGAGCUGUCGAUCGACCGAUACGAUAACCACCCAGACCCGGCCUUUGGCGUGGCUCGUGUUGAUGUCCUCAAGGAUGUCAUGCUAGGGAAGGACGACAAAGCCUGGGCAAUGUAUGUGGACAAUAACCGGAGCUGGUUCAUGCACAACAAUUCACACACCAACAGAACCGAAGGGGGAAUAACAAAAGGGGCUACCGUGGGAGUGCUCCUUGACUUAACCAGAAGAACCCUCACAUUUUCCAUCAACGAAGAUCAACAAGGCCCUGUGGCUUUUGAGAACAUGGAGGGCCUGUUCUUCCCUGCCGUCAGUCUGAACAGGAACGUGCAGGUGACGCUCCACACCGGUUUGCCGGUGCCCGAAUUCUACACGCCCAGGGGAGCCAUGCAGUAAUGAGACUGCUGAAGCCAGCUGCCUUUUCUCAGGGGGAGCUGCUUUGCCUUGUCGAGACGAGACCUCCUAGGAGCCGGGAAAUCUUUGCUCAGCUGGUAACUGGAAACCAGGGGACACCAAAACAAACAACACACGCAAGAAGAGAAGGAACUGGCCUUCUCCAGUCUUUGAACUCCACGACCGCACGGCAAACCCGCUUGGCGUCUCCAGCACCGUACUGUGCGUGUUUGCUUUGCUGUUUAGCUCUUUUGGCUGAUAAAGUACCUAGGUAGCCUGAGAUGUUCCCUCUGUGCCAGCUUUCCGUUUUGGGCCAUUGAUUUGGUUUGGUAUUAUUUUUAAACGUGGGUUUAUCAUUUCCUCAUCACCCUGUGGUUGCUGUUGACCAGCUUAGCUGCUGACCUCGCAAGUGAAACCCUUCCAAUAGCUUUUGACUGAGUUAUGCAUCAGACAAAAGAUGCUGUAUAAAGAAGCCAGGAGAGACUGGGGUGCGGGGGCCCUUUGUGGGCAUACAUUUGCUGAUGCCAGUCAAAUUGCCUCCAGUGAUGUUUCUUUCCCUGUGGCCUUUCUUGUGCAGUACCCUCAAGCAUCUUUGUAGACAUUGGUCUUGGAUUACCAGUUAGUCUAUACAGAGCCAGGUGGAAUGCAUCAAGUAUUAGGGGAUAGUCAUAUCUAUGAUGGCAGGCAGGGUCAAAAAUUCUUCCCUCAUGCAUGGAUGUGGCUCGCACAGAAGUCAGGGAGAACCACCUUCAUGCAUCCUGGGGCAGGUUUUGGUCCAAAGAUACUACUUUUAAAUUCUGAGCGAUAUGCCAGGGCUUCAUCAGACCACUGUAAUGAAGAUGGAUAGGAAACUUGAGAAGAUAAUUACAUUUCUGAGGUGACGGUCACUUGGUUUCCACAGAAUAAUUUGAUGUUAAUUGAUCAGCUCUGGUUCUAUAAUGUCUCAUGUCCAAAGGCUUUUCGGUUUAGCUCAGUCGGCGGACCGUGCUGUUAACCACCCUCCUGUCCCCACGCACUGCAAGACAGUGCGGAUUUGCGAGGCAACUUGCUGCGACCACUUGCACCCACGCCGUGGCUUUAUAAACUGCGCUCUACAUAAUGGUGCCAUCGGACAUGGUGCUGCCAUAUCUCACAGGGCCGGCCGGCGGCCCUUUUGAUAUUAGCAUUUAUUUUUUUAUAGCAACAGCGACAACCUAGCCUUAAAAAAAAAACACCCAACAGUGUCCUUCUUUUCGUAGAGAGGAGUCAUUCUGUUCCGAGGGGAGCGUCGCGUGGGGAUCAGGAGAGAGCAGAGGGAGACAAGGAAAGGGUUCAUGGCGUUCACAUUCUCAGGAAUAAACAUGCUUGUUGCUACGCCUACCUGUGCCUCACAUCAACCAGAGUUACAUUCUGCUGCCAUUCACAAGCUCAACUUUCUGGUAAUUCAGACAAAUGUCACAUGGAAACAUGACAGAUGAUGAUCACUGUGUUUAAAAUGCCAGGACGUUAACGUUUACCGUUUCUGUCAUGAGGAGACCGCAUGCUGCAUGUUAGUAUGCUUUCCUUCAGUUGAUGACACUCUGUAGAUUAAUUUCCGGGGCUGGAGAAAAGUUCUGUUUUGUUGCCUAACUAUUUGCCAAUCUGCCAAGCAAUUGAGUUUGUUGAUAAAAAAAGAAAAACGUAAUUAAUGGAACUGGGGGUAGGGAGGGAGGGGAAGCUACUGAAAUAAUGUUCCAGCGAAAAGACCUUGUGUAAAUAGAUAACCAUUUACUUUUAGUGCUUACCAUUCUAUUUAGAAUAUUCUUUUUUUGUUAUAUUGUUGUUCUAGUAUUCAGUUUUCCUAAUUUAUUGAAUGGGUGCUAUCUUGUUCAUUUCAACGGAUUCGUUUAUCUCGGCUACAGAAGAAGCUGUGUUGCGGGACAACGCUGAGCGAUUAUUUGUUUAAUUUCUUAUGAGACUCAGUUGCCGGGCCACUGUGGACUCGUUUUUCAUAGUCGUUACAUUCCCAGUUCUUUAUGAUGUUCAUGAUGCUUAUUAGAGUUCUAGUGACUUGUACCACGUAGUUUACACUGUACUGCAAUCAUAACUGCAUACAACUGCUGUACUAAAGACAAGUGUUUGCUGUUCUAAUAAAUGACUUUUAU